AAGCUUUAAGUUGUUAGUGAGAGGACAACAAAAUAUGUGUUUUCACUGAUUCGUGUUUGAUCUUUUUGUCUAUGGAGAAACCAGAUUUGCUCUUGCGGAAUGUUGUCCAACUCUAGCAUGAUUAGUGACUUGUGGAAACCUAAUGUUUGUGGAGGUUUCUCUGUACGCCUAGUUGUCCUGGCUCUGUGGAGAUAAAAAGGAAACGGGUGGAUGUGGGAACAUGUGGUUGAACGUCCCAAACUGGACUGAAGUUGAGAUACUUCUGUCAAACACAGGAUGAUUGCAUACGUGGACUGCCUCUCUACCGAACCAGCUGGGAAAUGCUGGAAUAGGACCUACUAUGAGGACGAAGAUGAACUUCUUCCACUUUAUACUCGCAAAUUGAACCUCCAGCACAAGACGGAGGGCAGCCUUCGCCGCAGACUCCUCACCUCCAAAAUUCACCAGCAGCAAGAUGCACUAUGGGCACCCAAACCCUGGGCGAGACCACCAGCUCGAAAGGGCGUCCCACUGCAGGGCCAGCCCAACUACACCUUCAGUCCGUCCUGCCACGACUGGAAAGCGGUGUCCAGUCUAGAUGAGGAGAGCAAGUGGUCGGUGCACUACACAGCCCCCUGGCACCAACAGGAGAAUGUCUUCCUGCCAGGAUCCAGACCAGCCUGCGUCGAGGACCUUCACCGUCAGGCCAAAGUCAACCUGAAAACAGUCCUCAGAGAGUGCGACAAGCUCAGGAAAGAUGGAUUCCACAGUUCCCAGUACUACUCCCAAAGCCCUGCAUUCUCUGCAACCAGCCUUUGUGAAAAUGUACACCUGGAUGAGGAGAAGACGGAGAAGAAAAAGAAGCGGUUUAAAGUCCUAGACUGCCUAUCACAGUCUUGCCUCUCUCUCUGCUGUCAUUUGAGACCUUGGAAAAAAAAGGCUUCAGAGUCACCUAAUGAAGAGGAGAAGCUUGUGUACUCGAUGCCGCCUCAGACCCCUCUGCUGGAGCAUGACCCGGACAUCCAGAGAAGCUGGACCAGCUGUCUACCUUUGCCCACUCCUGAGCAGAAGAUGAGACUACAGGCCCAGUCGGUGGCCACUAAUAUCAUUCCCAUCAACAUUACAGGUGAGAACUUUGACAGUCAGGCCAGCUUCCGUCGCUCCGCAGCAAACACUGAUACCAUGAUACGAAGACCCAAGAGGGUGCAAAGAAGAAAGACAAUAACAGGAGUUAUUGAUAACAUCCAGACUGAACUAGCAAAUAAAGAACAAGAUGACAGUAUUCACUCGAUGUGUAUGGCAGAUCAGUACUCCACCCUCAGUCGAGUGGGCAGCGUAAACUCCACCCUCAGACGCUCAGACACCCGUGACUCCAGCUGCCAAACAGAAGAGGUGAAGAUUGUUCCUCCCUCAGUACGCAGAAUCAGAGCACAAAGAGGCCACGGAAUUGCCGCCCAAAUGGCCAGCGUCUCCUCCUCAAGCAGCAUUUCCACCAUGAGUGACUGUAAUGGAAUUAGCUACACUCAGCUUAAUGACAGUGGUCAGAGCUUUCACAGUUUGCCACGACAAGGUUCUCACAUCCAACAUCAACACUGUGAACCAAAGUACAACAGCUCCCCCUACAGGAUAAAUUAUGGCUCUACAAGCUCCUUGUCCUACCAGUUUGACAUGCAGCAUGGUUCCUCAUCGUCACUGCAUAUGCUGUCCGAUUCCAGAAGCAGUACAUUAAACAGCCCCAAGCUUGCUGAAAAUCCAAAUUACCAAGGCUCUGACCAAAAUAAUAGCCCAAGCUUGUUCAGUCUCAGUGGUGCACUACAGAACUCCAUUCUUUACGGACACAAAAGGACAGAGGAUAACCAGAUGCAAUCACCUCAUUCCUCAGCCCAGUUGCUUAAUACUGCUGAUGCCUUGUUGUCGGCUGUCUCCUCCUGUUACGAAUCCACAACCUCCCUCUGUACCGGGACCCAUACAGAGACUGAGUCCCAGUGCAGCACACUUGAUGGCAGAAACUGCGGCAGUCAUAACUGUGUCCGCAGGGAUUCCAACUUCUCGGAGAGCAGCAAUCAAAGCUGCAGCACUCUAACCACUGACCAGUGGACAUAUGAUGUAUCUUCAAAGGACAAUGUCACCUCAAGUUUCUCCUCACCUGUCAGCCAUAUAUACAACAGUGAGGAACAUUCUCCCAGCAAGACGGACUCAAGCUCAUUGUUCUCUGUUGAAAACGAAGGUUACUACACCUCAAUGCGCCUGGACUCUGGUUUAAAGUCACAUAGUCAUGGCUCCAUCAAUAAAGCAGGAGAUGCAAAGCACAGUUUAUAUGAGUGCAAGGACCACCACAGUCAAGGGGAUAAUGCAAGUCUGCACAGCAACCGCUCCCUGACUCGCAGCAUUUCCCUGCGGAAAGCCAAGAAGCCCCCACUCCCUCCAGCGAGGACUGAUUCAUUAAGGCGCAAACCUCAGAGGAAGCCUUAUCAAAAUGGCUCAGUCCUUAGUGAGCAGUUGAUCUGCAGCCUCCAACAGUCCUUAGAGCUUAACCUAAAAACUCAUAGUGCAUCUUGCUCUGAACAGGCACCCUGCAGUGGGUUUGAAGACCCUUGGGUACUUCGACCCAGAAGCCAGAGCACCACAAGUGCAGCAAGCAGUGGGAUGUCUGCACCAGCUGCUGUUUGUCCGGUCACACCCACACACAGUGAUUGUAGCAGUCAGCGCUCAGACUAUGCAGAGUCGUGGGACUUCUACAUGGAUUACCAAGGUCCACGGUCUGACCAGGAUCUCUCCUCCCAAAUCACAAGAUCUGAUAGUGCUGAGGAGAAUCAAGUAAACAUGGUCAAUGCAUCCUACAACAUCGGAUUUCCAUCGUCCCACUGCAACAGUAGUGGGAUUCAGUCAAAACUGGCCUCAUCACCUGACAAGGUUCAUCGUCUGACAUCACCAUCAAGUGGUUAUUCAAGUCAGUCCAACACUCCAACUGCAGGCACCCCAGUUACUUCUCUAAUAAGAGCAAAAUCUCCUGCAGGGAGGCCAAAACCAAAAGUGCCCGAAAGAAAGUCCUCCCUGCGGUCUUCUGUGUCGUCCUCCUCUACAUCUUUGUCCUCUAACACCUCAGAUUCCAUCAGAAACAUACCGCUACCUCCACCUCUACCUGAUAUGACCAUUACAUCAUGUGGAUCAACCAGCCCCACUUACUGCUCUCCAACAGCAGCUAUGGUAGACUCAGCCUCACCUCUUCCUCUUCUACCUGACUUGGAAGAGAGACAUAAUUCACUUUCAGAUUCAUCCACAACAUCUGAAAAGUGUGCCUGUAUUGAUUUCCCCCCUCCCCCACCAAAGGUUUUUGAAUCUCUGUCAAGAAAUGAAGGUACAAAUAGUCCUCCACCUCCUUCACUUCUUCCUCCCAAACCUUCACUGUUCAUUCCAUCUCCUCCUCCUCCACCUCCUCCAUCAUUACCGGAGAUGAGUCUUCAGACAGCAGCCAUUUUGAACACAGAGAGUUGUCUUACACCUAAGAAGGCUGUGGAAAUUGAAAAAGCACUAAACAUCAACCACACUGGAGAGCAAGAAAAGACUCAGAGACCAAUAAUUACUGCCCAAGCUCUUCAGAUGGUGCAGCUACGACCUGUCAAGUUCAAGCAAAUAGAAGAUAUUUUUACAGCAGUCAGUUUUGAUGAUUUUGAUGACCAAGCACACAACCAUUUUCAAACAAACUCAGGAAAGUCCCUGGAAAGUGAGACUACAGCGCAAACAGUGAAUGCUAUCUGUGUUAGUCAGUCCGAAAAUGGCACGGAUACAUCUGAACAUGAAUAUUUAGUGAACAAAUUUAUACAAGAUUUUCCUGAGGCAUCAACUGGUUCUUUACCUCCUGGCCCAGAUGAACAUGUCAGCAAUACUGGGCAGAAUGUUUCAGUGCAACUUUCUGAGACAUCUCCAGUUUUAUCUUCCCAUGAGCUUCUGCAAUGCACAAACUCCUCAGCUUCUCCUCAAAGUUCUCAGCUGAAACAGAAGCCUCCUAUAUCACCUAAGAAGCCCAAUCUUUCCCUUAUUAUACCACCCAUCAUGCACCUACCUGUCUCUAAUGGACUCAAGCUUCAACAGGUUCAUGAUGCAGAAAAGACACUUGAGUCAGGGCAAAUGAAUGGCACAACCUUGACAAACACAGUUAAUUUGCAAGCAAUUUCUUUAGACUUUGAGGUGAAGGAGGAGAGUGACUCAGACUCUUCAACCCCUGUGGUCAAAAGCAGACUGUCUCUCAGCAGUGAGUUGUCAUCAAGCAGUCUGCAAGAGCUGAAACUCUCUGAUCUCAUUCUUAAUGAGCAUGACCUCGGCCUGAGUGACAAAGACUUUGGACUCUGUGAUGAUAAAAGUACAUCAGAUGAUGGUUCAAGCAGCAGCUCUGGAUCCAUCAGCUUUAAAGAGGAUGAACAUGAGGAAAAUGGUGCCGUGUUUGACUCGAGCACUGAAAGCGCAUCUAGCGCUAACACUAACGGAGAGGCUGUGGAGGAGAUGGUGACGCCUGUCCGUCCCCGUACUACAGAGGACCUCUUUGCUGCCAUUCAUAGUCUACGUAGACAGAACAUGAACAUCCAAUUACAGGUGGGGAUUGGACUGGCAAGUAAUCAAGUCAUUGGCUGGUGUUGUCUCCCUGUAGUUUGGCUAGGGUCAGAUUACACCCAUAAUCCAGUAGCUCCAGUAAGAAUUGAUUAUCCUCUUUUUUGCCCUCUCUAAUCCCCAAGCUCUGCUUCACAGUGUUUGUAUUGUGGUGUCACACCUUUAGUUAGGUUAAAAGUUAAAUGGACUGUGUAUUUCAACCAACCUGAAAGUAAGCAAACACAGAGCUGGGAAGAUUAUUCUGGUAUGACUGUCAUAGUGUUUUAGGACAGAACUAAAAAGCACAUGAUGCACUGUUAUUCUUAGAAGUUUUGUCAUUAUUAAUUUCUGUGAAUCAAAGUUUAAUGCCUAGAAAGAGCUAACAUCCAAGUGCUCCGAUUAUACAGCCUUAAGGGAACAUGAUGUCCUGAAUCUUAAGGAAACAUGGCGUGUUGUAGCCAUUUAAGAAUGUGUAUUUUUAGUUUAUAUUAUUUAUGUUUAAAUAUUAUUUGUUUGUGUUUUGUUUUGUUCAAUUUGUUAAUUAAGAAAGAAAAUUGUAAACGUCAUACGGACGGCAGUACGCCGGAAGAAAGGAAGUGGGUCAGACAUAAUUUUUUGACCACUUCAUACGUUUUUGUUUGUAGAAUCCCUUUUUUGGAACGAGUUUCGUUUGGUAUAAUUUGUAUCUUAAUUGUAAUUUGUUUUUUGUUGGUCAGUUAUUUACCUAAAUAAACAAGAAGAAGGAAUAAACGUUUCGUGGAAUGAAGUGCGUUCAAGACAAAGCCCGCUACCAUGCUUCUGCGGCCAAAACAAAGGCCAAAACAAGGCGAUAGAUGUGGAAGUAUUUAAAUGCAAAGUUAUUUUCUAAGGGUAUAGCAGAAUACAAAAAGUAUUUAUCAUAACUCAUACAAGAUAAUAAAAGCAAUAAAGUAGUAGUAUCUAGUUCUGUCGUAUCUAGUAGACAGUAGUAGUAUCUUUCUUUUUAAUCUUUAAAUAUGAAAAGCACAAUUUCUAUCAUCUGAAUUGUGAAAAUGACUGUUUUCAAACAGGUCUCCCAAGUACUCCCUCUAUCUGCCAUUGGAUGAACAUCUAAUAGUCCCGCCCCCUAAA